AUGCCGUCUGUAGAGGGGUUUGACCUUAAUAUUGAACCAACAGAUGUUAGUUUCGCGGAUGAUCCUGUUACUGUUUAUUUGAUCAAUGUGUCACAAGAUGAUCCUAUUGCUAUGUCUCAAGAUGAUCCUGUUGCCAUACCUCCUGUCCCUACUCUAGCAAGUUCAUCAAUGCCUGUAGAAUCUGAUGGUCUCACAGUGCCAACAACUCAAACUGCUACAGAUGGGGGUGAUGUAGAGGAUGGUAUUGAGGUUCUAUCAACACCGCAAGAGCCCUAUGUUGGCAUGACAUUUUGCACCCCGCAAGAUGCUAGGGUUUACUAUAAUAGGUAUGCUAGACACGCUGGUUUUUCCAUCAGAAUUGACACCUCCCGUGAAUCCAAAAAGGACAAUGACAAGAGGAAAGUUAUUUUUGUAUGCCAAAAAGCUGGUGUCAAUAAGAAGCAAAAACUUGAUGAGGAAGGACCGAUAACUGAGAAGAAGAUAGUGAGGCAAAGGCGCAUAGAUUAUGUUGAUAGGACUCGCUGUCCUGCACGCAUGAUUGUGAGAAAAACAGCCCCAUCUCAAUGGGAGGCCGUUCACUUUGAGCGGGAGCACAAUCAUGAGUGUGUGAAGAAGUUCUCUCUUACAAAGUACAUGAAGUCCCAUAGAGAGAUAUCCGCUGAAGAGAAGGAGUUCAUAAAGUUUCUUAAUGGGUGUUGCAUAACAACUACGCGCGCUUACCAGAUAAUGGUUGAGUUGUAUGGUGGUAUUGAAAACUGUCCAUACACGGAAGGUGAUGCAAAAAAUUUGAGAGUGGAGUACCGUGCUGAGUAUCGAGGAAAGGACAUGAAAGCAACCCUUGAUCACUUUGAGGAACUAAAGAAAGAGGAUCCUGAUUUCAUUUACAGUUAUACCCUUGAUGAAUUUGAUAGGGUUGAGAAUCUAUUUUGGGUUGAUGGUGCAGCAAGGAGGUCAUAUGAGCUCUAUGGUAUUGACAGAAAUGGAAUAACUAUUCAGCUUGGUUGUGGCUUCAUGAGGAAUGAAAAAACAGAAGCUUUUGUGUGGUUGUUUACUGAGUUCAAGAAGGCUAUGGGUGACAGAGAUCCUAUUAAUAUUAUCACUGAUCAAGAUUUGGCGAUGGUGGCUGCGAUUGCUCAAGUUUUUACCACUUCAGUCCAUAGGAACUGUAGGUGGCACAUCAUGGAGAAUGCUAGGAAAAGAUUGGGGGCUUUCUUAGAUGGUAAACCAGGCUUGGCUGAUGAUUUCAAUGAUUGUGUUGACAAUAGCUUCUCAAUUGUAGAGUUUGAGUUCAAAUGGCAAGCUAUGCUGGAUAAACAUGAGAUCAAUGAUGAUGAAAGGUUCAAGCAUUUGUAUGAAAUGAGAAAUUGCUGGGUUCCGGCUUACUUCAUGAACAACUUCUUCCCCUUUCUGCAAACAACAACACGGAGUGAAGGAUUCAAUGCUGUCCUGAAGCGAUAUGUGAACCCAAUGAAUUCAAUACUAAACUUUAUUCACCAAUACAAGAAAAUACAGGAUAGAAUAUUCGGCAAACAAAUAAUGCAUGAGGCUAAUACAACUGUCAAGGUUCCGCACUACUUGACUGGCCACCUAUGGAAAGACAAAUGA